GUUUGGCUAGUUCAGUCUCAUUUUCCACUUCGAUCAGAAGGUACACCAAAAAAAAAAUUGUCUCACUCUAGCUUCCGGAUCAAUUUUCACUAUUCUUUGUUUUCUUUAUGUGAAUACAAACAUACAAAUAUUUUCAAUUCAGUUUUACCGAUUUGCAAGUUAAAAUAACGAUACCUAUACAACACAAAAGGACACGAUGUCCUCGCUGCGACGAUCACAUGGCGGUGGUCGUGAUUUCCUGCAAGAGAACAAGCUAAAUGUGGCCAGAAUGGAGACCAAUGGCAGGUGUCUAGCGGCGGCCAAUGCCCGCCGGGUGCCCCUGUGGCGUCCAGUGGUUCUCCACUACUCGGAGAAGUUGCGUCCCCAUGCCUAUCCCAGCCAGCGUCGUCCACGCCCGUUACACGGAGCCCAUGAGUCUCCCCGCCUGCGGAGCGGUCUUGCCCAGCCAUAUGGAUUCCACAACGAGAUGCGCCGCAGAAUGCCACCAAAUCCCUGUGGCUGCGAUGUGGCCACACGUAAGACGCAGGAGCGCAAGGAGCAGGAGCGUCUGCAGGGCGGUUGGGAGGAUCAGCAAGCGAAGCAGCCAAGGAAGUACUGCACCGGUUGCAACUGCCAUCACGGCUGUCCGCACAGAAAUCCAUCUGAUCAGGUUCACCAGGCAGAGGCGGUGUCACAGCAACCGGAAACGGAUGCCCAAAUGCCAUCCAAACAGGGCGAAGGUGAUCAGGCCGAUAGCGCUUCGAUAUGCUCCCGCAUGUCCCGAGUAUCCCGGGCGUCUCGUCGAUCCCAGGCUAUGUCAACACAGGGCCAGGGGAACACCGAUCCCGAGGCACCAUUGAGUGCUCGCAGCGGUGCCUCCGCAAGGACGCUCAAGUCCAAGCGAUCCGUUUCCCAGGAGAGUGUGCGCUCGAGUGCCACCAUCAAGUCGAACAUUACUGUGGCCUCCAGGAGCACCACGGCCUCGAAAAGAUCUCAGGCCAGUCGCAAGUCGCAGUUAAUGGAGGUGAUGCCGCCACCAACCCACUUGGAGGAGCAAAGGCCCAGAGAGAAGAAGGAAAAGGACAAGGACAAGGAGAAGGUGCCAACCGCCAUCGAAGGCUACACACCAUUGACCGCCAGCGAGCGACAGGCGGCUCUCCAGGAUGCCCACAUAAAAUACAGCAAGCUGGUCGAGGAAUACAAUCAUAUGCCCGUUUCGGAGCCAACCUUGCGGGUGCGCAAUCGGAAAAUCGCCAUCGAGCGGCAGCUGGACGAACUGGACUAUGCCAUCAAUAUGUUUGAUCAGCCCCAUAUGGACAUGUAUUACAAGAAGUGAUGAUCGCAAUGAUGCGUGUUAUUCGUUGCGCAGAUUGUUGCCCGUUUCCAAAUUUAAUUGUUUGCCACAAAACUCAGAUCAGAAAAUGGAAAAUGCGGAUUUGAGUUGCUAUCAAAUGAAGCAUUAAAAUUAUAAAUGACUGAGGUCAAUUGCAACAGAAA